AGCGCAGGAGGUCGCGAUCCACCUCACGAGAGAGGGAGAGGAGGCGAAGAGAGCGAUCCCGGUCCCGGGACAGGGACAGGAGGAGGAGCCGUUCUCGCUCCCCACACAGGAGACGGUCCAGGUCGCCGAGACGGCACCGAUCCAGCUCCUCCUCCCCGCCACGGCUGAAGGAAAGGCGGGAUGAAGAGAAGAAGGAGAUAAAGGACUCCAAAGGCAAAGAGCGACAGAUCACGGAGGAAGAUUUGCAGGGCAAGACGGAAGAGGAAAUUGAGAUGAUGAAAACGAUGGGCUUCGCCUCUUUCGACACGACGAAAGGAAAGAAAGUGGACGGCGCCGCAAAUGCGUACGCCAUCAACGUGUCCCAGAAGAGGAAGUACAG